GGUGAGCGCCACAGCUUGCCUUUUUUUGCGAAAUAAUAGAAGCCUGCCUGAGAUACAAAGCGAAAUGGGUGAUAAACUGCUGGACACUGCACAAAUCAUCAAUGGAAUGGCUGUGAUGAUAUCAUUUUUCGUCGGCUACCGCUACGCCAUCAAGCGCGGCGAGUCCAAGGCGUCGGACGAAGGAGCAGAGGCUGCGACCGGUAGCACGACCACGAAGGAGGCUGCCGUAACCGACAAGAACUAUGGUGGCUUCAACGAGAACUUCAAAAUGGUUCUGGUCGUGCGGAACGACCUGAAGAUGGGCAAGGGCAAGAUUGCCGCCCAAUGUGGCCAUGGAGCGGUGGGCGCCUAUCAGAAGGCGGUGACGCGGAUUCCGCGUCUGUUGCGCGCCUGGGAGAACUGCGGCUGUGCCAAAAUCGCCGUGCGCGUGGAGAGCGAGGCAGAGCUGGUGGCCAUCAAGAACGCCGCCGAACGGCAGCAGCUGAACACGUGCCUUAUACGCGACGCCGGUCGCACCCAGAUCGAGCCCAACUCCAAGACCGUGCUGGCCGUGGGCCCAGCUGCGGCAGUCGAUAUCGAUCGUGUCACCGGGCACCUGAAGCUCUUGUAAGGCAUUGGCAUACUCGCAAGCCAUAGAGAACACACACACCACACACACACCCACUUAUUUACGCGCACCUCAAACAAAAACAACACUCAAAAAGCAAUAUGGGUCAGGGCUUGUGGGGUGGUGGAAUGGCAGCAAUGGGUGGUAUGAUUGUGCCUCCAUUACGACGUUAGGAUACGACGCUGACGACUGUGAAAAUGCAAGUUAAUCUAAGAAUAAAGUUUAAAAUUUACCUAUUAAA